AUGAGGGCGCCUUUGCUGGCGCCCUCUUUUGGCAGAUCUCCAGCGUAUCGACGGUUAGCAUCAACAGUUGGCCACCCAAAAGCAACUGUCUUCGGAGAGCCUACAUUUGUCUCUUCGAGGCUGUCAUCAUCCCCUUACGCAUCGCUCCGAUCGCCUUUCCUUCCCGAGUCCAUAGGCGCAAUACAAUCACGCGGCCUUCAUGGAACGCCACAAUGGUUCCAGGAUCAGCCGCAACAACCUACGAAGCCCGAGUCCAAAUCUGCAAAGCCCGACGAACAGGCCAAGAACGAGGACGACGGUGAAAAGUCCGAAAAUUCAGAAAAGUCAGAGGACAGCAAGCAAGAGAAGAAAGAGGAUCUUCCUCCGCCGCCUCCGCAUGGUGACAAGACGCCGUGGCAGGUCUUCAUGGAAACCAUGCAGAGCGAGUUCAAGGAAAACAAGGAGUGGAAUGAGUCAACCAAGCAGCUCGCCGCUGGAGCCAAAGAGAUCAGCGAAAGCGAGUCAGUCAAGCGCGCGAGACAGGCUUACGAGAGCACAACCGGUGCAGUUUCGUCAACGGCCGGGAAGGUGCUGAAGACCAGCGCAAGCGCCAUCGGCAAGGGUGCGGCCUGGACCUGGGAAACUCCCGUUAUGAAAGGCGUUCGCAAGGGCGCCAACAUUACUGGCGAGGCGCUUGACAAGGCGACGAAGCCCAUCAGGGAGACCGAGGCGUACAAGAACGUUAAGGAUGUCAUUGAUGACGGCAGCAGCUCCAGAUAUGGCGGCUGGGUGGAAAAAGAGGAACGUCGGAAGGCAAGAGAGCUGAGGGAAAGGCAGGCUGCGAACGGACAAAAGCCGGAGGAUAUGGUCGAGGACCCUAAUGCUGGUACCAAUAUUACACUCCACAAAGAUGCAAGGUGGAAGGAAGCAUGGCGGGAUUUCCGAGACCAGAACAAAGUGGUUCAAGGAUUCUUUGGCGCGAGCAAAAUCUACCAAGAAUCCGAAAACCCGUUGAUUUCGACGGCCCGAAGCAUCACUGAUCGAAUUGCCGGUUUCUUCGCCGAGAAUGAGACCGCCAUGGUCAUCAAGAAGUUCCGAUCGAUGGACCCCAACUUCCAAAUCGAGCCUUUCCUGCAGGAGCUCCGAGAAUACAUACUGCCUGAAGUUCUUGACGCAUACGUCAAGGGCGAUGUCCAGACGCUGAAGCUGUGGCUGUCGGCAGCACAAUACUCGGUCUACGAGGCGUUAACCAAGCAAUACCUCCAAGCCGGCAUGAAGUCGGAUGGCCGCAUUCUCGAUAUCCGCCACGUCGAUAUUUUGAAGGCUCGGAUGUUAGAUCCGGGUGAGAUUCCCGUUUUCAUCAUCACCUGCCGAACGCAGGAGGUCCACGUCUACCGCAAUGCCAAGACCAACGAGCUAGCGGCGGGUAUGGAGGACAAGGUGCAGCUUGUUACCUAUGCCAUCGGCAUCACGCGAACGCCAGAGGACGUGCAGAACCCCGAAACGAGAGGCUGGAGGUUGAUUGAGAUGCAAAAGAGUGGGCGCGACUAUAUCUAA